AUGGCAGCCAAAGGUGCCCCUAAGCCGGAGGGCUUGUUCGGUUUGACCCUGAGCGAGGCGAAGAUGAUUAUCCUCGGCCAGAUCUGCACCGAUUCCUCAGGCAAAGUCGAUCACGACAAGCUAGCCAUCAAAGGCGGAUACAAAAACGGAGCCUCAGCCUAUACCGUCUACCGCAAUGCGAAACGCAAGCUUGAAGAGCUCCAGUUCGAAGAAUCCGGUACUGUCAAUGGCGGCGCCAGCUCUGCUGCAACCACACCCCUGAAGACCCCUACCAGGCGCAAGAGGGCCAAGGCAGUGGAUGCCACGCCUGACGAUACCCCGGCCACUCCCGCCACUCCCAGCGGUCCUGGUCCCGUGCAGGCCGACGUCGCCGUGACCCCGAAGCCCAAGCGCGUCAGAAAGACCCCGACCAAGAAAGCGGCCACUCCCAAGGUCGUCCCCAAGGCCGAGGAACUCGAUAGCGACGGGGGAUCUACCAUGAAACUCGACUCGAGUCCUGUCGUGGAGCCUACCACCGAUAAGGAAAAUCACGCUGUGCUCAAGGGUCUUAAGAGAGAGCUGUCCGUCGAGCCUGAUCACAACGAGGAAAACCUGACUUCUCACGGCCGCGUGCCUAAAAAGCAUCUCACUGCCUCUGACGAGGAAGUCGCCAUGGCCGUGCUCGAUGUCGGAGCCGAGAUGGACGCGCUCGACACAGCCCAGGUCCCCGUCAAGACUGAGGAAUGAGUCUGUCGUCUAGUCUACCUCACACCAGUCGCGUGACAUUCUUCGUGAAUCAUCCUGACAUGUUCAAUUCGCUUUCUUAUGUGUUGUUCUCUACGGUGCCCUUUAUGGAGUGUUCCUUAUGGAAAUUUGUGUAUUUUAAAUUAGCUCG